UGAAGCUCCAGACCGAGGGCAGACUCCCUCCAGCGAUGUGCGUCUGACAGAGAGCCAAUCCGUGGCACCAGUCUGACUCUGAGAGUCUCUUUAAGAACAUCAGUGCCAUGGAACCAUCACAUCCCCCGUGCCCUCAAUCCUCCGCAGCUUCUUGUUAGUGAGAGCGCGCCUAUAGGGGAUUCAUUUUACGCACGAGCCUCUGUCCUCCUGUUGCGCCAUGGAGAACUCCAGCCUGUCCGGCAGCGACGCGCAAAGCGCAGGUUUGAUAGACUUUCUAUUAUCGGACACUUUGAAGCAGGAUUCUCCAGACACUGCCAUGACCGGAUUACUGGCCAGAGGUGCCUUCUUCUUGGAGGGCAGCGCGUUCAGGACUGCCGCUGGAGCUGUGGCUGACUUUAUGGCUGCCCCGCCGACGGAAUCCCCGCACCUGAUGCCCGCCUUUUGGGAUUCCCCGCUCAGUCACGGAAUCAAUGUGUUUGUGGGACUCGUCCUGUGCUUCACCAUGCUGGGGCUGGGCUGCACCGUGGAUGUCAGCCAGCUCGGGGAACACAUCCGCAGACCGAUCGGGGUGCUGCUGGCUCUGGUGUGUCAGUUUGUGAUCAUGCCUUUGGUGGCCUUUCUGUUGGCUUUAGCCUUCUCUCUGGAUGAUGUGGCGGCGAUGGCUGUUCUAUUGUGUGGCUGCUGCCCAGGAGGAAACCUGUCAAAUAUAAUGUCUCUGCUGGUGCACGGAGAGAUGAAUCUCAGCAUCAUCAUGACCAUAUCCUCCACUCUGCUGGCGCUCGUGCUAAUGCCGCUGUGUCUGUGGAUCUACAGCCGGGCCUGGAUCAACACACCUGUAGUUAACCUGAUGCCCUUCGGGGCCAUCAUCCUGACCCUCUGCAGCACUCUCAUCCCUAUAGGUCUCGGAGUGAUGCUGAGGUACCGCUACACGCGGGUGGCCGAUAUUGUUUUGAAGGCGUCUCUGUGGUCUCUGCUGAUCACUCUGGUCUUACUCUUCAUCCUCACUGGAGCGAUGCUGGGACCUGAACUCCUGUCCACCAUCCCACCCUCCGUCUACGUGGUUGCCAUCCUCAUGCCUCUGUGUGGCUAUGCCGCAGGUUACGGCCUGGCCGUCCUCUUCGACCUGCCGCCCAACAGCCGCAGGGCCGUCUCUCUGGAGACCGGGUGCCAGAACGUACAGCUGUGCACCGCCAUCCUGAAGCUGGCCUUCCCCCCUCAGCUGAUGGGAGGGAUGUACAUGUUCCCUCUGCUGUACGCCCUGUUCCAAGCAGCCGAGGCCGGCAUCUUCAUCCUGGCCUACAGGAUGUACAGGAAGAACGUCCUGCACAAACCAGACCCCAUGCGGGACAGCGAGGACAUAACAUACCAGAGGUUUGAGGAUGAGGACUUUGACUCGUCUUAUGGUGCCGUGACAGUGAGCGACCCAAACACCAUCAUGUUGGACCCCUGCCCUCCUGAUCCCACUCCUGUUUAAUGUGCAAAUCAUGAGAAUCAGUCCUCUACAGGAGCAGAGUGAGACAUGCAAGAGGAGUCAUCGUCAUGUAGAAAAACCUGAACAACAGGAGGACAUGAAGGGGAAUUCAGAGAGUGAGUCUGACUGCUGAAAAAAAAAAGGUGCUUCACGUCAUCCAUUUCAUUUAUUCAAUUUGAAAACGACCAGAUUCAAACAUCAUGAUGGGGGAUGUUCUGAUACCGGUACUCUUAAUGCCUCUGAUACAGCCUUAAGACCCUUAGUAGGCCUCUUUAGAUCAUUCAGAUCAUGGAUGUAUCAUUGCAGAAAGUAACUUGAGUUAGUAGCUGGGUUCCUUGCUAAAUAGAAGUAUUUUGCUCUGGGCUUUUUUUGCAGAUUCAGGCUGCUAGCUGAGCUGCUGCUUAGUUUUUGGGUGCUCUGUGUAAUUCUUGGACACAUGUCCUCCUCUGUUUAACUGUCACAAGGAUUUGAAUCCAAGAAAAACAACCUGCUGAGGUCCUUCCUCCUCCAAAACAAACACAUCUGGUAUUCAAAAUAUUAAAAAGAAAAUCAAAGUCGCUCAGAAGUUCUUUACUGUUCUUAUUUGAGCACCUGAUUGGUUCUCAGGUGUUAUUUUCUUUAAGGGUGUUUAAAAUGGUAUCAGAGCAUCUCUAAUCAAACGUUGAACACACUGCUGUGUCACCUGUAGAGCUAUUUUCAUCAGCUAAUUUGUGAAUGUGACAUGAUCAGUCAAUCACAACAAAGCAAAACUUCACUCAUGAACAGUGCUUUAAAACCCUGAGAGUGUGUGCAUGCAUGGCUUCAGUCACUUCCAGGGAUGUGUUCAGACCUCCUGAGGGUCAGUGCUUAUUAAUGAGGGGUUCAAAUUUAUGUUGGUUUAUCAAACUGUCCGAAAAGUAACUCAAGGAAACGUGUGAGUGAGAAACUUGAGACAAACAUAUCAGACUUAUCAUCCAUAGCAGUGCCAAUCCAGUCUCUGUGCUCUACAGAUCCACCAGUCUGAACAAACUGUACAUUAUGUGUAUAUUCUAAACAGAUGUAUCCAGAGAAUAAAGUAUGUAAAGAAACUGA